AUUUUGUUUGAUUGAGGUUUCUCAGAAGAUUUGUUCAUCUAAGAUUUACUUGGGGUUCCAUGAAUUUUCUGCGUUGGUGAGCUGGAAAAGUUGUUGGGUUUCUGCAAAAACUGUAGCUUUUGGGGGAAAUAUUUGAAGUAAAGGAUGAAUCUUUCUAGGAUUUUGUUACUCUCCAUGUUUUUCCUGUCUGCAAUGGGUCAACUUCCAUCACAGGACAUCAUGGCAUUGCUUGAAUUCAAGAAAGGGAUCAAACAUGACCCUACAGGGUUUGUCCUUAAUUCAUGGAACGAUGAGUCUAUUGACUUCAAUGGUUGUCCUUCUUCGUGGAAUGGUAUUGUCUGCAAUGGCGGUAAUGUGGCUGGUGUUGUUUUGGAUAAUUUAGGCUUGACUGCUGAUGCUGAUUUCAGUAUGUUUUCCAACUUGACAAAGCUUGUCAAACUAUCUAUGGCCAACAAUUCCAUUUCUGGUGUCUUGCCAAAUGAUUUAGGCAGUUUCAAAAGCCUCCAGUUCCUUGAUUUAUCUGAUAAUCUGUUCUCUUCUUCGUUGCCUAAAGAGAUUGGUAGAUCAGUAAGCUUGAGGAAUCUUUCUUUAGCUGGUAACAACUUUUCUGGUGAGAUUCCGGAAUCUAUGGGUGGGUUGAUUUCGCUUCAGUCGUUGGAUAUGAGUCGCAACUCUUUAUCUGGACCUUUGCCAAAGUCCUUGACAAGGCUGAACGAUCUGCUGUACCUGAAUCUGUCAUCUAAUGGAUUCACGGGGAAAAUCCCAAGGGGCUUCGAGUUGAUUUCAAGUCUUGAAGUGCUUGAUUUGCAUGGUAAUUCAAUUGAUGGUAAUCUUGAUGGGGAGUUUUUCCUUUUAACGAAUGCGAGCUAUGUCGAUUUCAGUGGAAACAGAUUGGUGACAACGUCUGGGAAACUGUUACCUGGUGUUUCUGAGAGCAUCAAGCACUUAAAUCUCAGCCAUAAUCAGCUUGAAGGUUCAUUGACUAGUGGGCUUCAGUUGUUUCAGAACUUAAAAGUCUUGGAUCUUAGCUACAACCAGUUUUCUGGAGAAUUACCAGGUUUCAAUUAUGUCUAUGAUCUUGAAGUUCUCAAGCUUAGCAACAACAGAUUCUCAGGUUCCCUUCCCAAUAAUUUGUUAAAAGGUGACUCCUUGCUUUUAAAAACGCUGGAUUUAAGUGGCAACAAUCUCUCAGGGCCAGUAAGUUCUAUCAUGUCAACAACUCUUCACACCCUUGAUCUUUCUUCAAAUUCACUGACCGGGGAGCUCCCUCUCUUGACUGGGGGCUGUGUUUUACUUGACCUCUCAAACAACCAGUUUGAAGGAAAUCUUACAAGAUGGUCAAAAUGGGAGAAUAUCGAGUACCUUGAUCUCAGCCAGAACCAUUUCACUGGGUCGUUCCCAGACGUAACUCCCCAGCUUCUGCGAGCAAAUCAUCUUAAUCUUUCCUACAAUAAGCUCACAGGCUCACUUCCAGAACGGAUUCCAACCCAUUAUCCGAAACUUCGGGUACUUGAUAUAAGUUCUAACAGCUUAGAAGGGCCAAUUCCAGGUGCAAUACUGUCUAUGCCCACUUUGGAGGAAAUCCACCUUCAAAACAAUGGCAUGACAGGUAACAUUGGACCCCUGCCUUCUUCUGGUUCCAGAAUCCGCCUUCUUGAUCUUUCUCACAACCGGUUUGACGGCGAUCUUCCUGGUGCAUUCGGAUCUUUAACCAAUCUUCAAGUGCUGAAUCUCGCAGCAAAUAAUUUGUCUGGCUCUUUGCCUAGCUCCAUGAAUGACAUGGUCUCUCUAAGCUCAUUAGACGUAUCCCAGAAUCAUUUCACUGGACCACUCCCAAGCAACUUAUCUAGCAGCCUUAUGGCCUUUAACGUGUCAUACAAUGAUCUAUCAGGGACUGUACCAGAGAAUCUGAAGAACUUCCCUCCGCCUUCAUUUUAUCCUGGAAACAGCAAGCUCUCCUUGCCUGCUGGAUCCCCUGGUUCAAGUGCAUCAGAAGCUUCCAAGAAUAAAUCCACGAACAAACUUGUUAAGGUUGUCAUAAUAGUUUCGUGCGCCGUUGCUCUAAUUAUUCUCAUCCUUGUGGCUAUCCUCCUUUUCUGCAUCUGCAAAUCAAGAAGACGCGAAGAGCGUAGUAUUACAGGUAAAGAAAUUAAUAGGCGGGCUCAAACAAUACCCUCAGGCAGUGGAGGUGGUAUGGUUGUCUCUGCUGAAGAUCUCGUUGCUUCAAGAAAAGGCUCGUCAUCUGAAAUCCUCAGUCCAGAUGAAAAACUAGCUGUUGCAACCGGCUUCUCUCCUUCCAAGACCAGCAAUUUAUCAUGGUCACCUGGCUCAGGAGAUUCAUUCCCAGCUGAUCAGCAACUAGCACGGCUUGAUGUUAGGUCACCGGAUAGACUUGUGGGAGAGCUGCAUUUUCUGGAUGAUUCAAUCAAGUUGACUCCAGAGGAAUUAUCGAGGGCACCAGCUGAAGUACUGGGAAGAAGCAGCCACGGGACUUCUUAUAGGGCAACACUGGAUAAUGGAGUGUUUUUAACCGUAAAAUGGCUAAGAGAAGGCGUGGCAAAGCAGAGAAAGGAGUUUGCUAAAGAGGUGAAGAAAUUUUCUAACAUUAGACAUCCUAAUGUUGUGACUCUCCGAGGUUACUAUUGGGGUCCCACGCAACACGAAAAGCUUAUUCUUUCAGACUAUAUAUCGCCUGGAAGCCUUGCCAGCUUCCUUUAUGAUCGACCAGGCAGGAAAGGCCCUCCCUUAGCCUGGAUCCAACGGUUGAAAAUAGCAGUUGACGUAGCACGUGGUCUCAACUACCUCCAUUUCGACAGAGCUGUUCCACACGGUAACCUCAAGGCAACAAACAUUCUCUUAGAUGGAGCAGAGCUAAACGCACGUGUAGCCGAUUACUGCCUCCACCGUCUCAUGACACAAGCAGGCACAGUCGAACAGAUUCUAGACGCAGGCAUCCUCGGUUACCGAGCUCCCGAGCUAGCAGCUUCAAGAAAACCGUUACCUUCAUUCAAAUCAGAUGUCUAUGCAUUCGGUGUGAUACUUCUUGAGAUCCUAACGGGAAGAUGUGCAGGAGAUGUGAUCACAGGUGAACAAGAAGGUGUUGAUCUAACUGAUUGGGUUAGGUUACGUGUUGCAGAAGGACGCGGUGCGGAAUGCUUUGAUUCGGUCUUGUCUCAGGAGAUGGGAAGUGAUCCAGUUACAGAGAAAGGCAUGAAAGAAGUUCUUGGGAUUGCUUUGAGGUGUAUAAGAUCGGUUCCGAUGGAGUCUGGUUCCUCUGAACGUGUUCUCCUUUGUCAAGUUUUACAACAGUGGGUCAAAAUUCCUCCAUCUCCAAACGAUUCUUCUCUUGUUUUUGGUUUGGUGACUCGCGUGGACGAUGAUGGCGUCGUUUUGAGCUUCAAAGUGGUUAGAUUUCCUACACCACAACAAUGGACGAAUAAUAAUCUCUUGUCCACCAUGAGUGUGUUUCUGUAUUCCUCUGAGACAGGGCUUUGGACUUCCAAGAUAAUUCACUGCCCUCACCAAAUCAGCAGGUGCCUUAUUACUGGUUAUGUGACUGUGAAUGGUACGAUUUACUAUUCCAAUCCUAAUCAACCUGGAGUACUUGUAGCUCAUGAUUUCUAUUCUGAAUCCAAUCAAUUUCGGGUUAUACCUCUCCCCGAUCAUCCGAAUCACAGCGACGAUGGAGACUUAAAAAGAAGAGCCUUGACUACAUCCGGAAGAUUUUUCAUGUGUGUGAGAAAAUUAGCUCAAAAGGAAGAAACCGUUUUAAAGGUUUGGAGGUUGAACAACGAUGACUCUUGGCAACUUUUGUGGAAAAUCAACCUCCCAAUGUUUAUAGGUGAUUAUGUACCUAUGAAAAUGCAUCCAUUUGGUAGUGAUAUUGUCUAUCUACGGAGUAAUCAGAAUCGUCAUUUGGUAUCAUGUAACUUGCGGACACAGAAGAAUACAAUCCUCAAAGAUGAUGAUCAUGAUUAUGUCAUGAACAACUUCAGAUAUUGGGCCAGGUUAUUAAAAUUCGUGCUCCCACGGUGGAUGGAAUCGAUGCCUUGUCCUCCCCAAGUUGAGAUGAUAGAUACAACUUCGCUACUUUCUGACCCUAAUUUAAGACAUGAGAGGAGCAAUCCAGUUUUGGCUGCCAUGAGAAGAGAAGCAGGCGUUGAAGUCGAUGAUUCGUUUUAUAUGAGGAAGUCUGUGGAACUAGCAAAGAGAGCAAUUGGGUGUACAAGUCCUAAUCCUAUGGUAGGUUGUGUCAUUGUUAAAGACGGCGACAUUGUUGGGCAAGGGUUUCAUCCCAAAGCUGGUCAGCCUCAUGCUGAGGUGUUUGCUCUUCGAGAUGCUGGAGAGUUAGCUGAGAAUGCCACUGCUUAUGUUAGCUUAGAACCAUGUAAUCAUUACGGAAGAACACCACCGUGUACAGAGGCAUUGAUUAAGGCUAAGGUGAAGAGAGUUGUAGUUGGGAUGGUUGAUCCGAAUCCAAUCGUUUCUUCUUCGGGUAUUAGUCGGUUGAAAGAUGCUGGAAUUGAUGUUACUGUGGGUGUUGAAGAAGAGUUAUGCAAGAAGAUGAAUGAGGGAUUCAUCCAUCGGAUGUUUACAGGGAAGCCUUUCCUUGCCCUCAGGUAUUCUAUGUCUGUCAAUGGUUGUUUGCUGGACAAGAUUGGGGAAGGGGCUUCGGAUACUGGUGGAUACUACUCGAAGCUAUUACAGGAGUAUGAUGCGAUAAUACUUUCUUCCUCGUUAUCGGAUGAACUCACGAGCAUUUCCUCACAAGAAGCUACUAAUGUUUCAAUUCAACCUAUUCAAAUCAUAGUUGCUAGCAAUGGUCAACAGCCUCCUAUCCUUGCUACUUCCAACACUGGGGAAGAAUCGGGUCCAAAAGUUGUACUGUUCACCGCAAAGGAAUUGGUUGCAGAAUCCGAAAUCAGUGUCUUGUUGGAUUUGAGGGGGAACAUCAAAGACCUUGAAGUUCUUCUGAGAGAUGGAUUUGAGCAGAAACUACUGCAGAAAGUAAUUAUUGAGGUUUUGCCGGAAUGGAGCACAAAAGAUGAGAGACAGAUCGCGUCUAUGAAGUUGUUAGAAUCAAAACAUGUGAAAGAUUUGCAGUCUAAGCAAUUAGGUGGAAACGUUUUGCUAGAGGGCUAUCUUUGAUGUAUGAAUGUAAGUCAUAUUCACUUUCUUAAAGCAUUGUAUUAUUAUUAAGGUUUUACAGAUUUUUUUAUGGAUUAAUAAAAAUUUUUGUUGAAA